AAUUAUAACAAUGGUGGAUGCACUGGUUGUGGACCACGCGGCUUUCGUUUCCCAAUGAUGCAACAAAUGUUACCCUCUCCAUACGGACCUUGUGCUGGUUCACCUUGUCAGCGUCCACCAAUGCCUACCAAUAACGGUUAUUUUGGUGUAAUGGGACAAGGACAGGGACAGGCACAGCCGGUCAUCGGGAUUCCGGAUCCAAUUCUUACGGAUUCAGGUUGA